AAUGGGUAUUUUGUUUAUGAAUGACAUUAAAAACAAAAAAUGAGGCAUUACUGUUCAUUAUUGUUCGAGCUAUUUGGAGCAUGGUUGGCACACCGUGCCAGGACAGAGUGGGCUAUUCCUGGUGAGGUGGAAGGUGCUCUUAUUUUGAAGCCACAGAGUAUUAUAGAAACCAUGCCUUUUAUUUUGAAGUUCCGUAUCUCCGGCUCUCCGGGCACGGGCAAGGAGAGAGAGUCGCAGGCAGAGGUAAGCCAGAGACGGUACGGUGUGGAGCUGUAGCUACGGUGUCAGCGGCAAGUAUGAGAGGAGACAAGUUUACAAGCUGAAGCUGGCUGAUUGACAGCCUCUGUCGCAUUCUGUGGAGGGACCACUCGUACCGGCGGACGUCGAGAAGUCGCGGUGUAGCCUGUGCGACUAAAAAAACCUAAACUAAACCUUUAAAAACAACUGGUGGACACACGGGGUUUGUGGAUAGACGUUGGCAGCGGCGGCGGCAGGAGCAGGGAGAGAGUGUGAGUGCUUUGGCGGCGUUCCCGCUGCUAGAGAAACAUGAACAAAAACCACCGAGUGCCGAGCAGCCGUUCUCUGAAUGCAGUGGAGGUGAAGAGCAAGUUUGGUGCAGAGUUUCGUCGGUUCUCUCUGGAACGGUCCAAGCCAGGCCGCUUCGAUGAGUUCUACGGUCUCCUGCAGCACGUGCAUCGCAUCCCCAAUGUGGAGCUGUUGGUGGGCUACGCUGACGUGCACGGUGACCUGCUGCCCAUCAACAAUGACGACAAUUACCACAAGGCCAUCUCCACAGCCAACCCUCUACUCAGGCUGUUCCUCCAGAGGAAAGAGGAAGCUGAUCAUGGAACAUUUGGUACCGAUUCCCUGACCAGGAAGAAGAACACUGUGCUUUCUGCGGUUCUUCUGCGGCCUGAUCACAACAAGAAAAAACCUCCAGUGAUAAUCAGCCUCCCUAAAGACUUCCGGCCUGUAUCGUCCAUCAUCGACGUCGACAUCCUCCCGGAGACGCACCGACGUGUUCGUCUGUACAAGCACGGCCAGGAAAAACCACUGGGUUUCUACAUCCGCGAUGGUUCCAGUGUACGGGUCACCCCACAGGGCUUGGAGAAAGUCCCAGGAAUAUUCAUCUCUCGCUUGGUGCCAGGUGGGCUUGCGGAGAGCACCGGCCUACUGGCGGUUAAUGACGAAGUGCUGGAAGUGAAUGGUAUCGAGGUUGCUGGGAAGUCGCUGGAUCAGGUGACAGACAUGAUGAUCGCCAACAGCCACAACCUCAUCAUCACCGUAAAGCCUGCCAACCAGCGGAACAAUAUCGUUCGUAGUGGAGUAGGCGGAGGAGGGGGUGCAGCAUCUGGUAGUUCAGGACGCUCAUCAGACAGCGGCGCCAGUUACUACGGCUACUCGUCACACAGUGCUGCAGCCUCCAUACCACCACACAUCAUCCAGAACUUCCCUGUUGGGGAGUUGGAGAGCGAUGAAGAUGAAGAGGACUUGGUAAUCGAGGCUGGAGGCGAGGCUGAGCCAAUCAGACAUGUGGCCUCCAACCACAGCAUGAGCUCACUGCCUCGUUACGAACCACACCUCAACCUCCGCACCGCCACCACUUCCACCUUCUCCAUUAACACCAAUGGGACCCUGCCCACCAGUGGCAGCAGUAGUUCCCUAAGCAACAUCAAGGCUACAACGCCGUCCCCAGACAGAGCCAUGGAGAGGGGGAGUUUGGAGGAGGACGGUACUGUUAUAACGCUGUAGACUGGACAUUCUGGACAUUUUACACACUACACACUGGAGACCAGAGAAAUAAACACUCUUGUACUUUAACACACAUGGAGGGUUGAUGGAGAAAUCAAAUAAAACCCAGGAACGUACAGUUCCAUCUCACAGUGACUAAACCUGAGAAGCACAAACAUACGUCUGCGUAUUACAUCUCGACCUACUAAAUUUGUCCUUUCACAUCAAACACUACACCCCCAUACUUUGCUCUUCUGAAUGCCAAUGACCACAUAUUUGUGCCAUAGCAGUGACAGCCCCGAUUCCUGGUUCUGCAGCCACAAAAACAACAACAGAAAAACCCCCUGAAAGUGUCCACUGUUUCUGUUUAUUCUAAACGCACCUGUUUUUAAUCCCAUAACUGUUAUUCCGCCGAACUUCCUUUAGCGGGCAGAGAUAGGAAGCCCAUCCAUACCCAUCACAUAUUUCCUCUUUUUAAGUCAUGCUAACAAGCUAAUAUCACCCGUAAAGCAAAAACACUGGUUUUUCUUUUUCUCUUGUCACUCUGAAGCAUGCUAUGAUCGCCUGCCUUCUCCCAGGUAACCACAGCAUGAGUGCAGAAUUUUCCCUCUGGGAAAAAAGAAAAAAAAUGAAAGAUUGGUGAUUUUGAUAAAUAUUUGCACAUCUUGUCCUUGGGCUUUUCCUAUCCUGUCAUUAUUAUUAUUAUUAUUAUUAUUAUUAUUAUUAUUAUUAUUAUUAAUACUUGGAUCCCGCAAGUGACAGUGCUGUUUUUUAUUUGACCAGUUAGAAGUUGUUGGACUAGGAAAUCUUCUAGUUAAUUUCCCUGUUGUAUUUCAUUCAUAUUGAACUUUUCCUUAUCACGACAAGGGCUAUUUCCCCUGCUGCAUGUAUACAGAAGAAACGAUGUGAAUGGGAUUUUUAAUUUAGUUUGCAAUAGUGUUCCCCUCUUCCUUCUUUUUGGACCAUAACUCAGUACAUCUAAUCUCAGUGCCGUCUCAUUGCAACAUGUCUUGCUUUUCAUUGUAUUAUUAUUGAAUUCAGUUAAUCACUUCAGAUAAUGUAACUUAACAACUGUCUUUACAGUGGCUACUAAGGACCCCAAAGCACUUUACACAACCAGUCAUCCACCCAUUCACACACACAUUCACACACUGGUGAUGGCAAGCUACAUUGUAGCCACAGCUGCCCUGGGGCGCACUGACAGAGGCUGACAUGAAGGAGUGGGUUAAAAUGAAUGGCUCACAUAGUCAGAAGUGAAAAACUUCCUGGUUCCAAAGUACGCCCUUGUAGGACUGAGUCACGGUGAAACAAACACGCACGCAAGGCAAAAGCUGAUUCACUCUCUGUAUUUGAUAAAGGUGAGGCAGGGCUGGCUUGUGUACAGAAUAUCUUGGCCCUGACCUGCAUUUUUGUGGUUUCAGUAGGAUGAUUUCUUGUCUGUAAUGAACGUCCGUUUACUUUGAUUUUUUUCUACCAUUCAGUUUGAAUUCACUCACAUUUCACAAUGUCUGAGUGAAGAAGUAACUCUCACAGUUCCUGUUCAUAAAGCAGAUCCACAACAUUUAUUGAAAGCACACUAUAGAUCCACCAUUACCAUUACAAGCUGCUGCCUCCCUGAAGUGAGAGCAGAUGGUCUAUUAUUUCUUUCAUUGAUUUUUUUUUUCCUGUUAAAAGUUUUAACCCUGACUUUAGCAUGGAUUUUAUCUCACCCACAAUAUCAUGGCUGGCACACACUGCACUUCCAGUGAAACACCACUGCACUAAUGUUUAUCAUUUAUAGCUCUGUUUAUUGUUUAUUACACAGUGAAUCAUUGACUAGAAACCUUCACACAGGUUGUGUAUAACCACCCACUUGUUUAUUGUAACUUAUAUGUGUAAGGUACUGUGUUUUGGGCCUUUUUAUGGUACAGCACAUGCUGGUGGGACUUGUCUUCUUUCAUUCCCGAUCUUAAAGCACAGCGAUGAGUCGUACUUUGGAUGGAAGGCUUUUAGAAGUCACUGUUAAUUUAUUUCCUCUACUUUUACCACAGGACACUGGGAUUGUAACCACAGCAACAUUUUUAUUUAUUCUCUAAUCAGAUGUCGGCAUAUUUUUCUUUCUUUGUACACAUUUUAUGACUUUAUUUUUAUAACUGAUAUAUUGUUUAUCUGUGAUUGUUGUUUUUGGUCAUAAAUCUCACGGUACAGUAGAUUUUUAUUGUCCAUUAGAGAUGAUUUCAGUAGGUGAUUUUACGGUUCUGGCUGAAGCAACAGGAAAGUCUGUGCAAGACAUGACACCAUUAUUGUUUUUUUUUUUUUCAUACUGUGAAUUAUGAUUUCUGUGGAAUAAAAACAUGUAUUAAAGCAACCUUGAAACAGGCUAAAUGUUUUACUCUGUCAGAAAUUUUUUAAGUGAUCGAGCAAUGAUUGUUGCUUGCCAGAUAAAUUCUAUGUUUUAGACUUGUAAUGAAGAUUGUCUGUCAGUAUUUUCAUAUUGAUGCUUUUAUUUAUCUAUAUAUAUAUACCUGUAACUGCUGAUUGGAGGAACUGGAUAAAAUAUAAAAUAAACUAAUAUGUAGCAAUAGUCAGUGGUUGGAUUUUGUUGCGGCCUAAAUCAAGGUUAUGGAAGCUGGGGGUCUGUCUACAAAUAAAAACUGUUACAAGUGGCUGAAUUUUUAACCAAUUUGCAAGCAGGUCUUAUUAAAAAUUCAGUUGCUGUUACAUCCUGUUACAUCCUGCUUGUUCUUGUUCCCUCCUGUGCCGCUCCAAUUAAAAAAAAAAAAAAAAUCCUGAAGAUGCCACUGACCUGCUUUUCAGGUAGUAUGUGCGGUAGAUGAACUGAGUAGCAUUCAUAUAAAUACUUUGUGGAGUUUGGGCGCCAUCUGCAGGAUAUUCCAGGACGUGAGCGAGCUUAAUAUUCAACAUGAAAAUGAGUAUUUUAACUUAAGUUACAGAACUCGAAGGCUUUG